AUGGAUAGGAAUGCAUUUGGUCGUUUAUGUAUCUUGUUGAGAGACGUGGGUGGGCUGCGAAAUGGUAGAUAUGUCUUACUAGAGGAACAAGUAGCUAUUUUUCUAAACAUCCUAGCACACCACAAGAAAAUUCGUCCAGCUGGGUUUCAUUUUAAGCGGUCCGGGGAAACAAUUUCGCAUUAUGUUCAUCUUGUGCUGAAAGCAGUUCUCAGACUUCAUACCAUUCUUUUGCCCCAACCUGAUCCAGUAACGAAUACGUGUGUUGAUAAUCGGUGGAAACAUUUUAAGGGCUGUAUUGGCGCAUUGGAUGGGACCUACAUAAAUGUCCUUGUAAGUAACGCGGAUAAGCCACGCUAUCGAUCUCGCAAGGGGCAAAUCGCAACUAACACUCUUGCUGCCUGCGACCGCAACAUGAGAUUCAUGUAUUUUCUACCCGGGUGGGAGGGAUCUGCCGGCGAUUCUCGAGUGCUAAGGGAUGCCAUUACAAGAGACCGGGGAUUGAGGGUGCCCAAAGGAAAUUACUACCUAUGCGAUAAUGGAUACGCCAAUUGUGAAGGAUUCUUGACGCCGUUCAAAAAUGUUCGUUAUCAUUUGAAGGAAUGGGGCGUCGGUAACCAAAGACCCCAAAAUGCUCGUGAAUUGUUUAAUUUAAGGCACAGCAAGGCCCGUAAUAUUAUCGAGCGAGCUUUUGCUGUCCUAAAAAUGAGAUGGGGAAUUUUGCGAAGUGCUAGCUUCUAUCCGAUCAAGAUCCAAAUACGGAUGAUAAUGGCUUGCUUUUUACUGCACAAUUAUAUUCGUGGUGAGAUGACCAACGACCCAAUAGAGGAACAAAUUGCGGGUGACACACAACUUGGUGUUGUAGAAGAUGCUGAUGGUGAAAUUGAAUAUGUUGAUCAAGUUGAGACAUCUGCUGCUUGGACUCAAAUGAGAGAAGAUUUGGCUAACUCUAUGUGGAACAAUCCUUCUAAUGUCGACGACAACAACCGACAGUGA